AUGUCUGCCCAGUCCAAGCUGGUUGCGCUUGGUGCACUGAUCUUCUUCCUUCUUGUCUCGUAUGGCUCAUGCACUAGGAUCGUCAACUUUAAUGCCUCCCACAUCACCACGGACCCCUACUGGGUGGCUGCCAGGGCCACUUGGUAUGGUGCGCCAACCGGCGCUGGCCCCUACGACAACGGUGGCGCUUGUGGGUUCAAGAAUGUGAACCUGCCUCCUUUCUCGGCCAUGACAUCGUGCGGCAACCAGCCCCUGUUCAAGGAUGGCAAGGGCUGUGGCUCGUGCUACCAGAUACGAUGCGUCAACCACCCCGCGUGCUCUGGCAACCCGGAGACGGUGAUGACCACCGACAUGAACUACUACCCAGUCGCCAAGUACCACUUUGACCUCAGCGGCACGGCGCUUGGUGCCAUGGCACAGCCCGGCCGCAACAACGAGCUCCACCACGCCGGCAUCAUCGACAUCCAGUUCAGGAGGGUGCCCUGCAUCUACCCCGGGCAGAUGGUGGACAUCAUGGAGGCCAACUCCGGGUGGUGGACGCCGAUGCGGGAGUCGUGGGGAUCCAUCUGGAGGAUGGACUCCAAGCGCCGGCUGCAGGGGCCCUUCUCGCCGCGCAUCACCAACGAGUCCGGCGAGACGCUGGUGGCUUACCAGGUCAUCCCGGCGAACUGGGCGCCCCACACCUACUACGGCUCCAACAUGCAGUAUGAGGCUUUUGGCUCUGCUGCUGGACAGGCUACUGGCUCUGCUGUUGGACUGGUCAUUAGCUCUGCUGCUGCUGGACUGCACACGGAAAUUACCGGCAUCAUUGGCUUGAUGUUUUUGGUAUUUGGCCUGUUCGCUGGUUAGUUUAUGGGCUGAUAAGUCUGGCUGGUGCUGGUUUGUUGUGAGAGAAAAACAUUGGGGGUGUUCGACUGCCCUUAA